AUGGGAAGAGCACCAUGCUGUGACAAAACAAUUGUGAAAAAGGGACCAUGGUCUGCUGAAGAAGAUGCUAAGCUCAAAGACUACAUCGAAAAGUUCGGUACCGGUGGUAACUGGAUUGCCCUUCCCCAAAAGAUUGGUCUCAAACGGUGCGGAAAAAGUUGUCGAUUGAGAUGGUUGAAUUAUCUACGACCGAACAUCAAGCAUGGGGGAUUCUCUGAAGAAGAAGACAACAUCAUAUCCAGCCUCUACAUUAGUAUAGGCAGCAGGUGGUCCAUAAUCGCGGCUCAACUGCCUGGGAGAACAGAUAACGAUAUCAAGAACUAUUGGAACACGAGGUUGAAGAAGAAAUUACUCGGAAGACGCAAACAAUCUCAGGCCAAUAGGCUGUCCGGUUCAAGCCAUGAACCGGAAGAAGGAAACCGAAUAGAAGCCCUAAACAACUCAGCCAUGGAAAGGCUACAACUUCACAUACAACUCCAAAGCCUUGGAAACCCUAACUAUGAAAAUCUUCCCAUAUGGCCUUGCAAGUUAAAUCCUCUCCAAGAAAAAAUGAUGCUUAAUCUCCAACAUGUAAAUGAAUCCCCUAACCCUUUGACGAUAAUGCAAAAUUUCUCACCUGCUAUUCCUCAAAAGGUUGAAUACUAUUCCAAUAAUACACUUCAACAAGAGUAUUCACCAUUGAGUAAUAUGAUAAUAAAUGGAAUGGAUCUGAAUUCCAUGGGAAUUAACAUUCCCGAGUCAUCAUCUCUUGUCUACGAAUCAAAUGACAUGAAACAACCUCCAAGCUUAGAAUUACAGCAGUGUUGGGCAUUUCAAGCUGAAAUCGCUGAGCUAUUGAGCAACAAAGAAGCGUUACCACUAGACGGUCCACAGAUCAAUGAAUAUGAUUCUUUCAAGGUCAUGCAAGGUGCGAAAGAUGGCAUGACUUGGUGGCCUAAUGAAUUUGGUGAAAAUUCAGUCUCUUCAAAUUCUUGGAGUUCAACUGGUAUUCUUGGUAACAAAUAA